AUGCAGCAAGAAAUUGAAAGACUCUUGGAACAACUCACCAGCAAUUCAAGCAUUAGCACGUCACCAUCCAUGUCAAUGACUGAUACGAGUAGUAUUCUUUCAACUUCAUUAUUGUCUUCAACAAGCCUUCAAGGUUCAUUUGUGAGCGGUGUUGUCAACACCACUGGAGCAACAACAACCACUUCGGUGGCAUCAACUACUACUUCUUCCACUCGUCAAACUCAACAACCAAAAACAACUCAAUCUCCAAAGAAAACUCAACACAUGAUGCAAUCAGCAACUCUUGAUUUGAAACAUUUAUGGAAACAAUUAAGAGCAGAAAUUAUUCGAUUGAAACAGAAAAAUGUGGAACUCGCUCAACAAAUUAUGCAAGUUCAAAAGUCAAAGGAAGAAACAAUUGUAGCGGAAGAGGUUGAACAAUUGAAAUUGGACAAUACUCGUUUGUCAUUGGCAAAGAAAGAAGUGGAAGACAAUUUAUCAAAACUAGGUGCGAAACUUUCUGCAUUAGAAACAGAAAAACAGAAUUUAUGGAAAUUGCAGGAACAAACCAGAAAGGAACUUAUUAACUUGAAGGAAAAUGUGAUCAAACUCACAGAAGAAAAUGAAAAACUCUCAAAAAUGGAGAUACGUGCAUCCAACCAAACCAAUAUUGAGAUUGAGAAGUUAAAGAAGGAAAAACGAAGUUUGGAAGAAAAACUAUUAUCUGUUACGGAUUCAUCAAAGAGUCAAAAAGAAAUUACCCAACUCACAAACAAACUAAAAGAAGCUCGAACGACGAGAGAAAAACUUGAAAAACUUCUCAGAGAACAACGACUUCAAAUCGAAGAAAUGGAUACAAAGAAUAGAGAAUUGAGACUGAAAAUCACCUCUCUUGAAAAUUGUACUAGUAAUACCAAUAAAUAG